AUGUCCACCGAACCCUCCCCUCGUGCUGUUCGAUUCUCCGACGGAGACGACGACUUGCGCUCAGACAAGAUCAUGCCCCAGCGACCAGUUGCCUUCCCCGUCGACUCGGACAAUUCUGCUUCCUCCGGCGAAUACCAACCCGACGACCCCCACGCACUCGAACGUCAAGAUGAACUCUGUUCCCUCGCCAGGUAUUCCGAAGGCCAUAUCGCUGGCUCCAUGUCCAACCUCGUCCAAGCCGCCGUAGCCAACGGUACAACCCGUAGUCUACGAAGCAACGCCAGCGACGGCGACGCAUCCUACACCAAUGGCGCGAGCAAAGUUCAACGACCCAGCGCUCCCGCGAGGACACCUUCCAACACAUAUGCCCCGGCCGCCCACCGCAGGCCGCAACCUGCUCCUUCCUUCGUCGAGUCCGUCCGAGCAUCAUCGAGAGGUCGACCUCGUCCUAGCGAAAGGUUCCGCCAGCAAGAGAGGGCAUACGUGCAGAGGUUAAGGCAAGAUCACAACGAUGGCUACCCAUUCGAUGGCGGAUACGUAAACGGCAUCACCGGUAUUGGCCAAGGCGCCGACUCCGACUCAGAGGGAGAGACGCCCUCUUCAGAAGGGCCCUUUGACGACAGAUACGACCAGGAGACCAUCAUGUUCUACGGCAACGACGAUUUGCAACCUACAGACGAAGAUUUAAAGGACCCGACAAAUCGAGAACGACUAGAAUGGCACGGCAUGCUGGAAGCUGUUCUGACCGGAGACGUCGUCAAGCAAGAAAAGAAGCGGUUGAUUGGAUCCAACGAACAAGCAGUAGGGAAGAGCGGGCAAAAGGCAGAGCUGUGGCUUGGUAUUCGCUCAAAAAUCUGCGGAAGGCAUCUUCCAGUGCAGAGACGAAUGGUCGAGGAGGCUCGCGCGGCGCUGGACCGCACACUAGACGAGAUUAUCAACUUCUCCGUCAAGGGCGAGAGCGAAGCCGGAAAGCCACCAUACGAACAGGUUAAGGAUGUGGUCAAGAAGAUUGAUAAGGCCGAGAGCCUGUACCCUUCUUGGACCUCACUGGCAGCUGAACACCAGUCGGCAAACUCUCCACUCUUCCACGAGGCGUCUGAAUCCAUCAUUGCCUGGUACAACACCAAUGAGAUGAUUAACACAGAGCUUGCCAUUCUCAAAAAGUGGGUUGGAAACGAAGAGCUAGAUUUCACUCGCACACGACAACGUUCACCUGUAGGCAAUGGCAUCAGCGAUGAAUCCUCAUUCCUCGACCGAUUGAUGAAGGAAGAUGGCUUGAAGUCACUAUAUGACGAGGAAUUCGACGAAAAGAACAAAGACGCACAUAAAGGCAUGCUGCCUGGCAUUUCAACCGUCAUCACCAAAUCCAAGCAGACGCUCAUUCGGAACUUCGCCGCCUUCCAGAAGCGACAUCUCCCACCAUACAUCGAGGAGCUGCUUACGCUGAUCAGCUUCCCGUCCCGGUUGAUUGAAGAAAUCAUCAAGAUGCGCCUCGCUUACGCCAAGAAAGUAAAGGAGUCUGCGCAGCAAAACCCGAUGAUGCAGGAUCAAAUGAUCAACCAGUUCCAGUUACUUCUCAAGCUGGCAAUCCGCAUCAAGCUGGAGUGCUUGGCUGUCACACAACCAGAGCCCGGUUGGGAACUUCCGCCCUGCAUUGACGAGUCUUUCGAUCAAGUAGUGCUGGAUGCCCUGAGGUACUACUUCAAGAUGCUCAACUGGAAGCUCAGCGGCAACAAAAACACCUUCAAGGAGGCUGAGUUGCUGUUUGCCGAGUGGGACUUUGCCAAUGAAAUUGGUAGCCACCUUCUCGGUGGCGACGUUGAGGUCGCUGAGCAGUUCAGUUCCCUGACCUUUAAGGCUAUCAAUCGUCUGAGUGUCACAUUCGAGAAGGAGCUCCAAGUCAAACCUAAGGAGAGCACCGCCGAGAUGAGCAAGAGAUACAAGCAGUGCCUGGACUCGGUCCGAGUUAGACAACGAAUGCUGCAGCGUUUCUCUCGCAUGCUGAGCGAAAACUACGAAAACGCGUCCGAUUUCAGCAUAUCCUUCACACCAGAAAAGCUGCAAGAGUUUUAUGACAGAUUAAUCGCAUCCGGCCACUUCCAGAUCUUUACGGAUCUCUACGAGCAGGAAGGCAUUUUCAUCAUAGCUUCGCCCUCAUUGAUGGAUAGGCACGACGCGAUCCAUUCCAUUUUGGGUCUGAGCUCGCCGGAACAGUUUGCGGAGGAUCCAAGUGAUCCGUAUCUGUUGAUCCUUCGGCCUGAGAGCAGUCCGCACUGGUUCGGCGACAUUGUGCAGCUUUCAGUCCGGGAACGAAACGUCGAUCUGAAAAAGGGCCACAUGAGACUGGUCGCAGCCGCUGCUCAAGCGCGACUCGUCAAUGCCAGAAAAGCCUUCAUCGAUGCCGUCGACAUGCAUGUGGACCUGGUGGUGGAACAGAGAUCGAAUUUGCACAAGGUCAACACACGUCUAAUGGAGACUAGACGUGUCGCCUACAAAUUGUCCAACAACUUCAUGGACAGUGUCGAGAUUAUUCGGAAGCAGACCGAAGGCAGAGAAGUUCAAGAGCUCAUUCAAACUUGCUUUGUCUUUGCGACAGAAUUCGGUCAACGCUCGCUCCUUGUCAUGGACAGCAACCGAAAGCAAAUGAACAACCUCAAGCUGACGAAACUCGCAUUGGAUUGGGUGAGCUUCAUCUGUGACGACUGCAUCGCAUCAGAUCGAAAGACGUUCCGAUGGGCGGUCUUGGCUCUGGAGUUUGCCAUGGGGAUGACCAGAGGCAGACACAUCUUGGCUUUAGGCGAAGAAGAAUACGCGAGGCUCCGAGCAAAGGUGGCUGGCUGCAUGGCGCUUCUCAUCUCACACUUUGACAUUAUGGGGGCGAGAUCCAACCUGGCCGCCCAAGCAGAGAAGGAGCGCAUCGAGGCCUUGGUAGGACAGUUCAAGCGCUUGGAUAAAAAUCGCAUGCUCGACGACCAUGAGGCUUCCAAGUACAUCACGGAGCAGCGUCUGGAGGAGAUUGACAAGGUCGACGACAUCAGGAGGGCCAAGGAGGCCGAGAGACAGGCUCUCGGUCGCGUACUAGAGGGUAAUAACGAGGUCGACCGAUCCCUAGCCUACCUCUCAUCCUCGGCUACCAACAUCACGAUGCGCUGGCAACAGGGUCAUUUCGUCGGCGGCGGUACCUUUGGCAACGUUUAUGCCGCUAUGAACCUGGACUCGGGUCACUUAAUGGCUGUUAAGGAGAUUCGUUUGCAGGAUCCAAAGCUGAUCCCCACCAUUGCCGAGCAGAUCAAGGACGAAAUGGGGGUCUUGGAGGUGCUCGAUCACCCCAACGUCGUCUCGUACUACGGUAUCGAAGUUCAUCGCGACAGGGUCUACAUUUUUAUGGAAUUCUGCCAGGGUGGAUCUCUUGCCAACUUGCUGGAGCACGGGCGCAUCGAGGACGAGCAGGUUAUCAUGGUUUACGCAUUGCAGCUGCUCGAAGGUCUCGCUUACCUUCAUGAGAGUGGCAUUGCCCACCGCGAUAUUAAGCCAGAGAACAUCCUCCUCGACCACAACGGUAUCAUCAAGUAUGUCGACUUUGGAGCUGCCAAGGUCAUUGCUAGGCAAGGAAAGACGCUUGUCCAAGACCUGUCUUCUUCCAAGCCUAACAAGUCUAUGACGGGAACACCCAUGUACAUGUCGCCUGAGGUGAUCAAGGGUGAAAAUCCUGGCAGAGCCGGCUCAGUCGACAUCUGGUCGCUGGGUUGCGUCAUUCUUGAGAUGGCCACUGGUCGCCGUCCUUGGGCCAACUUGGACAACGAGUGGGCCAUCAUGUACAACAUUGCCCAAGGCAACCCGCCUCAGAUGCCGUCAGUCGACCAGCUUAGCCCGCAGGGUCUCGACUUCUUGAAGAGGUGUUUCACCAGAGACCCCAAGCACCGCGCAUCCGCCGUCGAACUCCUGCAACACGACUGGAUCAUGACCAUCCGCAGCCAGGUCGUAGAGCCGCCUACGCCUAGUGACGCUAGUAGCUCUGCUCAGUCAACGCCCAGCAGUAGGAGCAACACCAACGACGGUUUUUACUAG